AUGGCAUCGAAAUCAAUCUCACAACCCGGCAAUGGUGCUUCUGUCAAGUCCCGGUUUUCGCCGAGCGAGCUACCGCUUUCUGAGCUAUCCCUUCUGCUGAACGGUGAGCUCAGAUUGAACGUACCAGUCUAUACGGUAUGGGGUGCAUGCGAGGAUGUCCGUGUCCUGGAGAAGUUCCGGUCUCGCGAGUACAAAGUUCCCAACCUCCAUAUCAUUGACGAAGCCCAGUCCAUGCUGCUAGAAGUCGGUGGCGUGAAGCUUCGACUUCUAGGCUUGGGUGGUGCUGUCGUUAUGCACAAGCUAUUUGAUAACGGUGAAGGCCGUACCACUAUUGCUGGUGGCCAGGGCACCAUGUGGACGACACUGCUUCAGAUGGGCGAACUGGUGGAUACUGCGAAUCGAGUUUACGAUCCUACGGAAACUCGCGUUUUCAUUACGCAUGCUUCGCCAGCCCGUGAAGGCAUAUUGAACCAGCUUUCGGUCACUCUCAAAGCAGAUUUCUCUAUCUCGGCUGGCCUGCACUUUCGGUACGGCAGCUCGUAUAAUGAGUUUAGCGUCAAUCCCACCCUUGAUCACUAUCGUGGUAAGCUGGCUGCCAGCAAGGCAUCUUUCAAUGACGUAUGGGAGACUGUCAAGGGAGAAGUCGAACCAGCCAUUCAGCAAAACGAAGCACAGCAAAAUUUGCUCAAAAACGCUAUUAGCAUAGUGGAAAAAAUGCCAACAACAGCAGCUGGUGGGAAUCCUUUUGGCUCUGCAGGAGGCCCUCCUGCUUUAGGCCAAGUGGACGAGAGUGCAUUCAAGAACAUGUGGAACUUUAACCUUGCCGAUGCAGCAUUUGGCUUUCUAGUUUUGGAAAUCCAGGACGGUCGUAUCGGUACGGAGAUGAGGGCCCAAGGCUUCAAUUUCUCACAUCGCGGCAUGAAGCAGCAGGGCAACGCACCACAGCAAGUUCCAGCUCCAGCUGCAGCUUCCACUGCCUCGCCUCAGCCAGUCGUUGCCACCCUCCCUCCUACGCAGCCGCAGCAACAAUCCCAGACGCAGGCCAUCUUGCCACAGAGCCAGUCGGUCAUACAACAACAGCAGCAGUCUACGUCAGGCAAAGCUGAACCAGGAAAGCUGACAGCCUCCAACCCUGGCUCCGGUCCCGCGAAGUCUGCUACGCCUCAACCCCCAUCGCUGCCGAGCCGUAAGGACUUAGAUAAGCCUUCCGUCUCAACGAAUGGCACGGUGAACGGACCAGAAUCAAUUCCAUCUCCUGCCCCGAGGGGCUCGGCUCAGGAUGUCAUCGGCUUGUUCAUUAUGAAUGCCCAGCCUGACGAUCAGACCCGGGAGCUCUUCGCUGAUGAAGACGUGGCCAGGAUUGUCAAAAUCGAGAAAUAUGGACAAACGAAUAAGGUGGUUCAUUUCAGGACCGUCGAAGACCGUGAUGGUGCAAUGGCGCGACUGCCCGAAGAAGCAAAGCACCGUGCCACCGAGGACCGUUCCAGACCUUUGGGCAGAGCGGGUAUCGAAGUGCUGGGGGUGGGACUGGAACAGCCAGUGACAGCGAAGGUGCUGGCCGGCGCGGCGGCGGGGGGAAUGCAAGGGGCAGCCGAGGGGCCGGUCGUGGAGGUGAGGGUCGAGGACCCCGUGGCCGAGGAGGUCCAAGAGGCGCUGGCGUUAGCAAAGCAGAUGGAAGCAGCGCAUCCCCGGCGCCCACGUCUUCUACUCCAGCAGAGUCGUGAACAAUCUGCACUUUAUGGUUGGCACGAGCUUUCGGUCAAAAAUAUGCAGCUUUACUUGGACUCAUUUAGGUCCGCUCCCUGUGGCUGCUUGAUGGUGUCAGUGUAA